AUGUCCUCGACUGGACGAUGCUUCGAUAUUGGUGCAGCCACUAGUCAGUCGUUGCAAGAAUUCGAACGUCGUCAACAGCAGUUUGCUAUCAAAUAUAAUAUUCCUUUCGAUCAAUUAGAUUUUCUCUCUGAUCCUCAUCUGCUUGCAGAUUUUAAUGUGGAUUGCAGUGAAGAUGGCGCAGCAGGUAACGGAGCACUUAUGCGACUAGCGCCCGUACCACUCUUCUUUCAUAAACAUCCUGCUUACGCCGUUGAGUACUCCGGUAUUAGUGGCAUCAUUACUCAUGGUGAUCUGAAAGCCUAUGAUGCUUGUCGCUAUUAUGGUGCUUUGAUUGUGGCUGCUCUACGAGGUGAAACAAAAGAACAAUUGCUCGAUGACAACUUUUAUUUUAAACAUGAAACCUGGUUCAAUAAUAAGAAACUCGUUCCAGAAAUCAUGAACAUUGCUCAAGGCUCGUAUAAGAGAAAUGGUGGAUAUGAUGAAGGCAUUCGAGGCAAAGGUUACGUUGUUAAUGCCCUAGAAGCUGCCUUGUGGGCUUUUUGGUGCGAUGAUGGUUUCUUUAAAACAGGUGCUCUAAAUGCAGUUAAUCUUGGAGAUGACACUGAUACCACUGCUGCUAUUUAUGGACAACUUGCAGGUGCUUACUAUGGCUAUACAAAUCUACCCAAGAAAUGGGUCAAACACGUCUAUGCUCACAAUUUUAUAAUGUGCUUAAGCAAGUGGAUUCUUUAUGAGGGACAGAUGUGGCAGUCAAAAUCUUAUACUCAGAAUACUUCACAAUUGAAUUUUAAACCUAAUUCUAAUGUCCUAACGGCUGUUCAAUCUACAGCAGCAAGGGGUCUGGCGCCAAACACGAAGCGAGAAUAUAUCCAAAAACCGAAUGCUCCACUUCAUCAAUUAACUUCUAAUGCAUCACGGCUACCGCCAAAUACAAAGUAUCCAUCAGUACUAUAUGAUGCUCAUGGAGCAGCUCUAGCAGCUCAGUCAGAUGCGAGUUUGAGACCGACCAUAACAGCAGUACCGUUAGGUCGUUAUGAUCCAACACGAAUAGGAUAUACUUAUACUGGAGCGAUUCACGAGACAAAAAAUUAUUCUGACAAUAGGCUUCGUAAUCCAACAAAUAGGUCACAAGUCUAG